AUGGAGCAGACACCGAUUGCGCAACUCAACCCGGAACUGCCCUCGGUGGAAUCGCAGCAUUUCCGCGCCACCGUCACGCUGAUAUGGCCGUACUCGUCGUCGGCACGCCAGCUGGCCCUCCUACUCGCGGAGCCAGAUCUACGGCUCAGGCGAAGGAACGGUCAGGUCAGGGCUCGCUUUUCGGGCGCAAGUGCAAAGGCCAUUGCGACAACAGGCGUAGGAAUAGGCGAUGAGGUUGUCUUGAGCCUGCGAGGCGCGCAAUUCGUCACUGAGGGCGCCAUCAGCACGCCUGGAAAGAGUAUCGAUUGGGAGCUGGAAUAUGUUCAAACAGUCGUCAUUCGCAUCUACCGAAAUAGCGAAGAGACCGCCAAUAUCGAGCUCGUUGAUGCGCCGCCUACUCCAGCCCCUGCAUCACCACUCCGCCGACAAUCUCGAGCCGCUCCAAGUCCAGCGCUACAAUACUCGUCUCCUGCCUUCUUGAAGCGCGCACGCCUGUCUGACGGGCCCUUCUUCGAGCCGCCCUACGAUCCCCUAGCCGAAGAAACAGGCGAAGGCCACGACAAAAAGCGACGGAGGAAAUCGUAUCGAGACUGGAAGGCAUGGACAUAUAGUGCGAGGACACCCUCGCCAGAGAAGGAGGAUGUGGCUACGGACGAGGAAAUGGAGUUGCUUGAGGCAUCGCCCAGCCGCCCAGAACAGCUCCCUCAAACACCUACCUCGCCCUCAAAGUCCGCCACAGUAUCCAAAUCAACCAAGCCACUGCGUACUCAAGGUGCUGACCAAACAGAAGCACCGAUUUUAGCAGAGGAGGCUAUCUCGCAACCGAAUGAGCAAGAUGCAGACGAGAGCGUAGUUCGCGGAUCUGACUACAGCGUGCUCUACUCGGCUCCAGAUGAGCAUCUGUCAUCAGACGCCCAGUACGCUUUUGGUGGCGAUACCGAGGUAGACACUGAGGUCAACACAGAGGAAGAAUAUCCUGCGCAAGGAGAGGCCGAGGGUGGCAGUACAAGCACAAACGAGCCCGAUGCUGAUGAGGUUCACCGUAUGGAGCGUGAAACUACAGGCAGCGAUGAAGAUGCAGCUGCAGAAGCGCGGACAGAGAAUGACACACAUGAAGACCGUGGACAGGUUGUGGAACCACAACAAGCCCCAACAUCCACGUCUUUCCCCAAGGGAGACGAACAAGAUGCAGAAACAUCACCAGCGCCACUCAUCAAUGCUCCAAGAAUUGACAUGCCUCCUCCUACCUUGACCACUAUUCAAACCGAUCCCCAAAACACUGUGUCUGCUGCUCUCUUGACCCCAAUCGGUAAGGAGCCUGGAAGCCCAACUCUUCGGCCCCUGGACUCAGCCAAUCUCCCAAUACCGUCACCGUUUCCUGGCGAGCGCGAAAACACCGCUACCUCUUACUUUGAUCAACUGAUUGCCAAUGAGCAUACUAUCGAACCGGAAGCCAAGGACGAAGCCGAGGAAAAACCACCAAGCGAAGCAAGCUAUAUCGGUGAGACGUCUUUCUUUAGCUCGAUUGGUUCCUCAAACGUGUCCGCAUUUCACCCGAAUCAUGAGUCAGCCUUUGCACCUUUGCGCUUCACUUUUGGUAUGGAUGGCGCUGGAUCUUCGCGCCCUAUGGAGCUCUCGUCGCCACCACCUGAAGCCCAGCCGGACCAAGAAGGUAAGGAUGUGCCAGAGGCAUCAGGUUCGACUACGAUCGCAGACACUUCAUUUAACACCUCUGAUGAUGCGGGCGCUCUCUCAAAAUCUCAGAAUACAGGAGAUGCUCAGAAAGCCAGCGAAAAUGCUCAAGAGAUGCCUGCAACAGAGGCACAGAACACUGCUGAAGAAGCCCAAGAUUCGGAUGUAACGAUGCCUUCUUCAGGCGACGAUGAAAGUUCCAGUGCUGAGGAACCCGAUCAGGACAUCGCUCAUCACACUGCCCAGGAGACUGAGGAUGACGCAGUUGUUAGCCUAGCUGUACACCCUGAAAGUGGAGCUAUUGAAGAACCAAAAGACAAUCGGCAAUCUUCGCCUAGUAAACACGGCUCGCCCAUCGAACAUCAUAGUCCAAAGACUUUCAUCCAGAAUCAAGACCAACCUUCACCCGCAACCCUCGAAACUCACAGUGUGUUCGUAAACCAGGAUCCCGCAACCGAAACUUCCGUUCGUUCUGAAGCCCCGGAUGAACCAGCUGCAACUCACACGCCAUCCCAGGAACCGGAACCCAGUGAAGAUGUCGAUCAGGUGGAGCAGUCCUUCUCCAUGGACCACUCAUAUGAAGCUUCUGUAGAAGCUACCGAUGAUUACUUGCAGGACGCUUUUCCAAUGGACCACAUGUCACAGGAGUUCCGGGAUGAACAAUAUACUCAAACAGAGGAAGGUUCGGUUAUGGAACACCAAUGGAUAGAAGACCAUUUCGAUUCACAAACCGACCACUCCAAGGCUUCAAUGGUAUCAGAGGUUCCUAAUCUGUCUACCAACGAACUAUCUAUGAUUGAAGCCGAACAGGGCCACGAUAUUGAUGAAGUGGAGACUGUAGAUACACCCCGUACUGUGCCGACCAAGAACACAAGAUCCAAGGCCAAAGCCCAAACUCCAUCGGUAAAGGACGAAGCACCUGCUUCUAUUCGAACCACGCGCUCGACGCGCUCCCGGGGUUCUGUGAGUUCCAUUGCGCGCUCAGUCAUUUCUCCUCCUCGGACACGCGCGCGUUCGGCAAAAUCUCCAUCACAGGGAGCUGCACAGGCCUCGCCACACAGCAUUAAUACCAGAUCAGACUUUUUGUCUCCAGAGAAGAAUAUUCCUGCUCAUGUUUCUACUACUGUCCGUGAGAGCCCGCGGAAAUCUUUGCAGAGAAGCUUAAAGCAAGAAUUUGCUGCAGCUCGCUCUCGGAAAGAGAGGGAUGACCAAUCAUCUCCCAAAUUCGAGUUGCCACAAGAUCAAAAUGCAUCCGAGAAUGAACAUAUAAAUGAUGUUCUUGUCAAAGACUGGACUGAGCGGAACACUCACACCGAAUAUUCCGCGUCGCCUGCACAUACAUUAGAAGACUUGACUGAGGCGCAGAAAUCGGAAUUUGACAGUCCUGUGAAACACAAUGCUCGAAGCAGAGAAGAUGACUCGGUUAUCGAAUACCUCUCGGGUACUGAUCCAGAGUCAAAAACAAAGUCGAAGGCCAAGACGGGACGAAAGAAGCCUGCGCCAAAGGCAGUUGUCGAGAUCCACAGCAGUCAAGCUGCAACAUCUGAAUCUGGAAGCCCCAGCAGGCGGCUGCGUUCAAAAGGGCCUGUCGAGCCGGUCACUCAAAGUCCUCGCAAUGUGCGGAGAACAAGAAGGAACGUGUACAAUGUUCCUGAGCGUCAGGAGAGUGAAGAGGUCAGUGAGGCGGAUCCAAAGCCUGAAGAGAAGUCACAACAGGGUGAAAGUGAAGGCCUAUCACAAGCACCUGCAGUCGAGGCUGAGGAGUCCAUGCGCAGCUCUACGCUUAACUCACAAGCAGCUUUACAAAGGCAAAGGCUCAUGACUCCGGACGCAACUCAGCAAACUGCGAAUGAAGCUCAAUCAAGCUUUGUUGCUGCACCCACAGGACAAGACUCGUUAUUAACUCCCCAACCCACCCAGGCGACAUCAGCCCAUCUCCGUUCCUCCCAGCAGGACGCCGACAUGGACGCCACAUCUGCAUCACCCAGCGCGCAAAAGUCUCUCGACACCAAAACCACGCCUGGCCGCAACAAAACAGCCACACACACGACAUCAACCUCCCUAUCCCCAACUCUCAUCGAAAAACCCACCUCAAAACCCGAGGGGUCGAAAGACACACAAGAAUCCCCUUCAAUCGGCCUCUCAACCCCUCUCUCCUACUACACUCCCCUCAAAGACCUCCCCUACUUUCUUAACCGCUCCUCCCAGUUCCACUCGUCGGCAAACCCAGACAUCCUCGCCCUCGUCACCUCCGCCACAACCGCAAAUGAAAAAGCGAAAAAGGGGCCCAAGCACUGGAAUACGACUUUGCAUAUCACCGAUGCGAGUUCCUGGCCUGCGACAACCACUGUCCAGUGCUUCCGUGCGUACCGCGAGGCACUGCCGGAAGCGGGUGUGGGAGAUGUGGUGUUGUUAAGGGCGUUUGCGGUAAAGUCGUUGAAUCGGCAUCCAGCGCUUGUGAGUGCGGAUGAGAGCGCGUGGUGUGUUUGGCGGUGGGGGGAACUAGAUUGGGGUGCUGAGAAGGGGGCGUUUGGAGAGUUGAAGGCGAGGGAGGAGGUCAAAGGGCCGGAGGUUGAGCGUGGUGAGGGUGAAUGGCGCGAGGUGGAGAGGCUGAGGGUCUGGUAUGAGGGCAAGGUCAAGCAGGAGUUGCAGGACAAGGAAGAGAGUCAGGUUAAGACUAGGAGUAGGGAUAAGGCAAAGGGAACUGCUGGAGGCAGUGCGGAUGCAUAGGUGCUCGAAAUAUCCUGUAGUACCUUGGCAUCGGAUGUAAAAUGUAAACGCCUAUGUGCACCAUCCCAUUG